UUAGAAGGUUCGAAAGUUGGAUUUCUUCUUUUAACUGUUCACACACUGAACGUGUUGUGCGUGUCAGCGAAUUUUUUUACUAUCCCAAGUCCGAACUAACCUCGAACUGUACUUCCCAUUCGAAAUUUUCACUUUCCCGAGAAAAUCCCCUCAUCCGAAUCAACCGAUUCACUAUUCACCCACCCAUCCGAUGAUGAUGAUAUAAAAAGGGUCAAAUUCUAUUUUUAUAAAUCUCAGAUGAUUCCGACGACCACCGGACCAAAACUCAGAUCGCCGCCGCCGCCGUCCAAACUCUUCAGUAAUGUUAGUAAUUCUUCACACACCAAAAUGCCGCCUCGCAACAACAACAGAUCAUUCCUCAAACCGACACUAACUCUAGCUUCCGUCAUCUCCUUAUCCCUCUUCGUUCUCUACUUUGCUUUCUUCAGCCCAUUUUCUCCCAAUUUCAAUCACACCAAUCGAAUUGACAGUCACAGCAGCCCGGGUUCCUUGUCGGGUUCUCCGGGCAACGGCGAUGCUCGACCCGUUAAGAUUUACAUGUACGAUCUGCCGAGGAAGUAUACCUAUGGGGUGAUCGAGAGCUACGCCAAGGCCCGGGGCGGACCCGACCCGAAAGGGAAUGAUGCCUUGUUGAAGUAUCCCGGGAAUCAGCAUUCCGCCGAGUGGUAUCUUUUUCGUGAUUUGAAUCGGCCGAGUCGCGAGAGGGUGGACUCAGCUGUCACUCGGGUUGACGAUCCCGAGGAGGCUGAUCUUUUCUAUGUACCGUUUUUCUCGUCUAUAAGUCUCGUGGUUAACAUGAACAGACCCGGGGCGGUGGGCGACCCGGUUUUGUAUAGCGAUGAGGAGAUGCAGGAAUCUUUACUGGAGUGGUUGGAGAAACAAGUGUACUGGAAGAGGAAUAAUGGCUGGGAUCAUGUAUUUGUGUGUCAAGAUCCUAAUGCAUUGUAUAAGAUAGUAGAUAGGGUGAAAAAUGGGGUAUUGUUAGUUUCAGAUUUUGGGAGAUUGACUCGUGAGCAGGGCUCACUUGUGAAAGAUGUGAUCUUGCCAUAUUCUCAUCGAAUUAAUUCGUACACUGGUGAAAUUGGGGUAGAGAGUAGAGACAAGUUGCUCUUUUUCAUGGGGAACAGAUACCGGAAGGAGGGGGGCAAGGUGCGGGACUUACUAUUCCAGGUGCUCGACAAUGAAGUAGAUGUUUUGAUAAAGCAUGGUGCACAGUCUAGAGAGAGUCGUAGAGAAGCAACAAAGGGGAUGCAUACUUCAAAGUUUUGUCUUCAUCCAGCUGGUGAUACUCCAUCAGCUUGCCGUCUCUUUGAUGCCAUUGUGAGCUUGUGUGUUCCAGUUGUUGUAAGUGACUAUGUUGAGCUGCCUUUCGAAGAUGUAAUAGACUACAGAAAAAUUGCAAUUUUUGUGGAUACAAAUUCAGCUGUGAAACCAGGAUUCUUGGUGAACUUGCUUAGGACAGUAAGCGCCGAUCAAAUUCUGGAAUUCCAGAAAAAUUUAAAUGAGGUGAAACAUUACUUUGAAUAUGAGGAUCCUAAUGGGACAGUCAAAGAGAUAUGGCGCCAAGUCUCGCAGAAGUUACCCCUUGUUAAACUCAUGAUAAAUCGUGAUAAGCGACUUGUGACAAGGGACUUACAAGAGCCAGACUGUUCUUGUAUGUGUUCAAACCAGUCUGGUAUUCAUACAACAUCAUAACUUACAAUUUCCGCACGAUGACCAAAAGUAUGGCUAUGUAACAGUAUAAUAGCCAAGUCGCUUCCAUUUGUUGGCUGUAUAGGUGAUGGAUAUGGUGGCAGGCUUUCCUAUACAUUUCUCAGGACAUUGCUACAGAGUUUGUCACAUCCACAGUCCCCAGUGGUGGACAAUCUUCAGGGGUCGAAGGUCUAUAGGUGUUCCGGACGGGUGUAGGUUAUUUAUACAGUUCUCAUUAUCAGCACAAAAUAUACAAGUGAUAGAAAGAUGGAUUUAGAUGUUGUAAAAUUAGCUUGUAGAUUGUGACAUUAAAAUCAGAGUGAUAAAGCAAAAGUUUUGUUUACUUUGCUUAGUGAGGAAUUUAUAAGUAAAACAGGAUUAGAUAUUGUAUUUUUUAUCCCCUUUUUUUUUUUUGUUAAUCAACCAAAAAGUCACUCCCUUCAA